UCAUUCAUUCAUGUAACCAUCCAUCUAUUCAUUCAUCCAUCAUUCCUGGCCACCAACUGCGCCCCCCCGUCUGCCCGCAAAGCAGCCAAAGCAGCCAAAGCCAAAGCCUGCAAGUCCGCCUGUCGCCGCCUCCCAUGGCCGCGGGUGACUUGGAUGGAUUGGGGGCAGCAAUCCAUGGCUGCAGCCCAUAGAUGAACUGCCUACUACAGCGCAGCUACUACUGUAUCUAGCAUGUAGCUACCGCCGCAUUGCUCUGCUUUGCUUCGCUUUGCUUCGCUUGGGCUGCCUGUCUGUCUGUCUGUCUGUCUGUCGUCACCCAACGUUGUCCCCAGUGCUCGUCACCCUUCUGUGCUUGCUUUUCUCUUCCCUUUUCCUGCUUCUUCUCCUUUGCCCAUCCUCUUUCUCGCUCUUCGUCUGUCUGCCCUUGCUUUGCCGUGCCCACCUCGAUGCAUACGCUCCCCGAGUGAGCCCACUCUCGACAAGAGCCGCCGCCUCCGUUACUCACUCAACACCUGCUUGCUUAUACACCCGCACACCACCACCAAUCUGCCUUUGUUUGUACAUGGUCGCUUAGCCUCGCUCCCAACAUCACCACCACUACCCAUCUACUUACUUACUCCCACCCACCUCCACUGCCACUGCCAUCCCCUCUCUUCCCAAACCGCCAGCCUGCAGCCCUACGACAUCGCCCGACGUCCCUCAGUCUUACACUUUCGCUGGUGCCGUGCACGUCCCGCCCUCUGAAUCAUCCUCCCUGUCCCCAGCUCUCUGGCGGCCCAAGCAUACGCCUACGCCAACCUGCCGGCUUCCAUCCUGGUCGUCCGCACAUCACAGCGCAAUCAAACCAAACCCCGUUCGCGCCUCACCUACACCUAGCUCCUCGCUCGCCCUCCUUUCUCCGCCGCAUCCAGUCCUUUUUCUCUCCAGUCACCACCACCUUCGUAAUAACCCACAAACCGCACAGAAACGAGGCGCAGAAAGACUGCAUUCAUCUCCCCGCGACAGUCUCAAAUCUCGCCGGCCAUGAUGAAGUUUCGCCGGUCGAUGAAGAGCGAAAAGGACACCCGCCCACAUCACAUUUCCAUUCCUCCAAAAGAUGCCAUCGCCAUUGAGCCACCCAAGAAGGUUAUCAAAGCCCUCUACGAUUACACCCACAGCCCACCCGAUCCUCGUCACCUCAACUUCUCCCAAGGCGAUUUCCUCCACGUUGUCGGUCGCGAGAACGAUUCGGAAUGGUACGAAGCCUGCAACCCGCUGCACGGCACCCGCGGCCUGGUUCCCGUCACCUACUUCGAAGGCGUCGGUAAGACAGUGCGAGACAGCGCUGGCUCCAACAGAUCGGGCCCCCCGGCCGCACCGCACGAUUCCGGAUAUCAGGAGCGCAGCAUAACGAGCCCCGCGAAUGCAGACGACAGUAUGAAGCCCCUUGGCCGCCAAUCAAAACAACCGAGCAUGGGAGGGCUGGGAGCUAUGGCCGGCAUGGGCGGCAUGGGAGGCAUGAAUGCGGGAGCUAUGGCUGCAAUGAUGAUGGGCAAGGGUUCGGGCGCAAUGGUCUACGGCAUUGUCAUCUACGAUUUCAAGGCGGAGCGUCCCGACGAGCUCGAGGCAAAAGAGGGCGAGGCCAUCAUCGUCGUCGCGCAAUCCAACCAAGAGUGGUUUGUCGCAAAACCCAUUACACGAUUGGGAGGGCCCGGGCUGAUCCCCGUAUCUUUUAUCGAGAUUCGCGACAUGAGCACAGGCAAAGCCGUGCCCGACCCGCAGGAGGCUGUACGCCGUGCAGGCGUUCCCAAAGUGGAGGAGUGGAAGAAAAUGGCCGCCGAAUACAAAAACGGCAGCAUCCCUCUGGGCAAGCUGGAGACUAAUUCGCAGCAGACUCUCCAGCAAGGCAUGGAGCGUAUGAGCUUGAGCAGCAAGAGUCAGACGAGCGGGGCUCCCAACGGCGGCUAUGGCCAACAGCAUCCACAGGGUUCUCAUUCGCGAAACGCAUCCAUGGCCCAACGGCAGCAAUACGACGCAUCCGACGCCAAUCUGCUUGCACCUGUCAAAGCAACUGUACCGCGAUACUGCUUCGCUGACGACAUCUUCUGGUUCAUUAUCGAGUGCGAAAUGGCCGAUGGACGCCACUGGGAGCUGCAGCGUCUGUACCAAGACUUCUACGACCUUCAAAUUCAGCUGAUUGCGACUUAUCCCGUGGAAGCGGGUACCAGUGGAGCAGGGGAACGCACGCUGCCUUUCAUGCCUGGACCCGUUACCUACGUCACUGACAACAUUUCCAACGGCCGCCGCGCGAAUCUGGACGACUACAUCAAGAAUCUGCUCAGUCUUGGGACGCACAUCACAAACGGUCUCCUCGUUAAGAAGUUUUUCGCACCAAGAACAGGCGACUACGAAAUUGAUCCGGACAUUGUAGCUGCAGAGGAAUACCGUCUGUCACAGCAGUCUGCGCAUUCCUCCAACCCAUCACAUGGAGGCUCGCGACAGUCUUCUGCCGAUCACUUGCAGGCUACUACCCCACAGACUCCGUACUCGACAGGGUCCAAUUAUCCGAACCACCAGCGCGGUCAAUCCAUGGGCAGCCAGUCCUAUGGACUCAACCCGCCCCCUAUACAGCAUCAACAUUCAAGUCUCUCCGCUACGUCCGUUUCGACGACUGCCACUGGUGCAGGCUCUGGUGCCACCGCCACCACCAAGAUCAAGGUCUGGUUCGACGAAAGCACUUGUGUGGUGAUUCGCAUGCAAUCUAUGCGAUACUCUGAUCUAUAUUCGAAAUUGAAAGAGAGAAGAGACAUGGACAAACCCGAGGAGAGAAACGAGGAGCUGUUCAUCGAGUACCGGGAUGAGACCGAAGGCCAAUACUACCCCAUUGAGAACGAUGAGGACUUGGAGAUUGCAAUGACGCGAAAUCCCAAACUGGUCAUGUCUGUGACCCCUGCACGAUGA